UUUAUUAUAGCUAUUAUUAAUUUAGAAAAAAACAAACUGAUAGUGAUUUAGAAUCUAAAUUUUAGAUAAUUAGUGUUUGCAUUAGAAAAUUGGCUCCAGUUUCAAUUUUUACCGCCAACAUGAAAGAAAUAAUACAACUGCAAAUAGGACAAUGCGGAAAUCAAAUAGGAAACAAUUUUUGGAAAACCAUAUCGGACGAGCAUGGUGUUAACAGUUUGGGUCAGGUGUAUGGAUCGUCCGAUGUGCAGUUGGAUCGAAUAAACGUUUACUACAGGGAGACGCCGAGCAAGACAUAUGUACCCAGGGCAAUGCUCAUGGAUUUGGAACCGGGAACGUUGGACUCGGUUGGUGGUGGAUGUUGCAAGAGUAUGUUUCGUCAGGAGAAUUUCAUUUGUGGAGUGACCGGAGCCGGAAACAAUUGGGCCAAAGGGUACCAAGCUGGCGGAGUAGAGAUGUUUAAUCGCAUUCUGAAUACGAUAAGACUCGAGGCUGAAAACUGUGAUACUCUGCAAGGAAUUCAAGUGGCGCACUCGUUAGGUGGAGGCACUGGGUCAGGUUUGGGUUCGCGUUUAAUGCAAGGAAUCCGCCAACUCUACCCGAAGCAAUUGGUGUGUACGUUCAGCGUAGCGCCGUCACCGAAAGUGUCCGACACUAUAGUGGAACCGUAUAACGCCCUGCUUGCUAUGGACAGGUUGAUCCAGGAUGCUCACAUUGUGCAUCUCAUGGACAAUAGUGCACUGUUCGACUCGUGCGUUGGACCGUUGAACUUGCCAACACCCACCUAUGGUGACCUCAACCACCUGGUGUCGCAGACCAUGUCAGGCGUGACGACGGGAUUUAGGUUUGCGGGACUAGGGCGGCAGCAGCAGGUCAACGACGAUAUGAAAACGCUCACCACCAACCUGGUGCCGUUCCCAGAAUUGCAUUUUUUCACGUCUGGUUUGGCGCCACUCACGUACAGGACGCAGACCGUUUCGGCGGGUUUCCCUCCAUGCGGUGUGCGCGACAUAGUUGCGAGGUUAGCCGACGUCAAAAACCUGUCGGUGUCCUACGACGAAAGCCGUUACUUGACUGCCGCUGUAGUGUUCCGCGGCGACCGUGAACUGUGUCCUGAUGAAAUUGCCAAACACGUGCGCUGCGGAAAUCUAGCCGAGUUUGUCGACUGGAUACCGGACAACUUGAAAACGGCUGUUUACCCGGGUGUUCCGUCUCAUGGUCUAAAGACUAGCGGCACGAUAAUGGCCAACAGUACGGCCGUUAAGGGAGUGUUCCAAAGGAUCUUGGCCCAGUACUCGCUCAUGAUGAACCGAAGAGCGUUUUUACACUUGUACGCUGAACAAGGAUUGGAAGUCAGCGAUUUCCAACAGGCUGAAGAACAUGUGCAGACACUCAUAGCUGACUACUUGGAGUAUGAGAACAUGAACCAUCAAGAAACAGCCAAGAACAGUUUUCAUAAUGAUACUAAAUUGAUCAAACAUAAUUAAACAAUUGUGAAAGAUUUUAUUUGACAAUUUUUGAAAAUAAAACAUUUGAAAUGCAAACUAGAAUUAGAAAUUGGUGACAAGUGCUUAGUGCAAGUCAUAUCUCGGUCGUGUCCUCAAACUAAAGUAAAACAAAUUUAUGAGAUUUAAAAAUUAAGUAAUACUAAAAAUUAAAAAUUACAUUACGGUUGUAGUUUGUUAUGGUUACUUCUCACAUCAUAAGAUUAAAAUAUAUCGAUGGAAUACAGAAAUUGAUAGG